AUGGCCGGGGAGCGCCUAGCCAAGAGAGCUAAACACGGGAAGAGCACAGCCAGCAAGGUGGUGCCAUCUGUAUUGCUGCGCCCCCUCUCCUGCCUGCUGGCCCCCACCUGGUUUCAGAGCAGCCUUUCAGUGAGGUCAAAGAUCUACAUUUGGGAGCCGCCUACCAAACCUGAUUGGCUGAAAGUUGCAUUGACCUUGGGCACCACAGUCUUCCUGUGGGUCUAUCUUAUCAGACAACAUAAUGAAGAUGUUUUAGAAUAUAAAAGAAGAAAUGGGUUGGAAUAA